AUGGAGGACCUCAUUCUGUUGGCGGCCAGAAAUGCACCACUCAAAAGUGUUGGCAAGCUCGAACUCCAAACUGGGGACAAAGUGAGACUGGCAGUCCAACAGUUGCUACUAGUCAAAGACACUCUCUGCUACUUAUCUAUUUGGAUACCAAAAGGUGACCUGGGCGAGGCAGUCCAGGCACUUACCAUCCUCCUGCCCAGGCUCUCCAACCUCACACAUAUCGAACUUCUCCAUGGACACAUCAGCGUCUGUAAUUCCCAACCUCAGUUUUAUCAAGGAAUCUUCCCAUUACUGCUACAACUUCCAUUGCUACAGCACCUCUCGAUUGGAGAGAUCAAAAUUCAACGGGGCAACUAUGACUUCACGGCACUCUUUGUCGACUACCUUGAACAACAACAAACAUUGACAUCACUACGACUCAACCAUGUGGCAUUCACUCAUAGUGAGAGGCUGUUUGAGCUACUGCUUCAGAGCCCUCAAUGUACAAUCUCGCACCUGGACACCCCUCAUUUGGACCAUACGAGGAUAACCAAACGACUUUCAAAGCUCAGCCAUUAUUGCCUCAGCGAUUUUAAUGGCUAUGAAAAUGUUGAUCACCUAGAGUUGACCGUUCCUGUGCCCAAGAAGGAGCGAAGUCCCGAUCGAUGGAACUUAGUGUGUGAUAUCAUUGCCAGCUGUCCGUCCAUUCAACAACUGACAAUAACGAUGACGGCCAGCUCAUUACCCCUAAGAUUCUUGAAUGCAUUGAAUUGGAACUAUACAUUGCGACGAUUCUACUUGAAGAACGAGUCGGUUAGUGACCAUAUCGAUCUCAGCCAACUGAACUUAGUCAUACAGGCCCAUCCAACAAUAGAGAACAAGCAGAUGAAAGACUAUCUCAUUCAAAAUGGCAAGCACCGUGUCCACUUGGAUGUUUGA